AUGUUAAAUCAUUUUCUAAAACUCAUCUUGACGAUAGAAAUUACUAGGAGUUACUUACUUUAAUAAGUCAACUUUAAUGCGGAUAAUUAAUGGUAGACAUUAAGUUAUCCUGCUAAUCAAUCUAUAUUUAUAGUUGACCAAUUAGACACAAAAUAUUGUUACAUUAGAAUAACUCUAAGUGAAUAUGAUCCUGGUCUAUCACUUAUUGCAGAUUAUUAAUAAUAUCCAAACAUUAGCCUGUAUACAAAAUAUAAAUAAGGACACAAAGUAGACAGAAUUAGGUAUCAAUUAUAUUCUAAUAAAGCCAAGUUGAAAAUAGGAAAACUAGGUUUCUUAAAUUGUAGUCAGGAAAGGGAAAAAUCUACAUAUUAGCAACGGGUAAUAAUACAAAAGAUAAAUAUCUAAUUUCAAUUAGUGGGAGUAAUGAAGAAUAAUGUGAUAAUGACUGUUCUAAAAAAGGUGUUUGUUAGGUAAAAACCCCUUAUAUUAUAAGGCUAAUGGAUGCAGUUGCCAUCAGUCCUAUAUUGGGAAUGAUUGUCAUCAAAUAUCUGAGGAAUUAUUAGCAGGUACCUCAAAAUAAUUAAAUUUUUCAAAUUCGCAAUAGCUUUAUUUUUUCUAUAUUGAUCUUAGACCUAUGUAGGAAUUCACACUCGAAAUUGAUUUUACUUGGUCUUAAAAAGGUGUUUCAGAUUUUGAUAUUUGUAGGCGGUGUUUAAAUUUUUGGUAUCACAAAACAAAAGCUCUUUUGAAAUAAAAUUUCUUUAGUUAUUAGAAAUCUAUUCCAUGUGAAUUUAAUAAUUUAUUGGAAAGGACUAAAAUUGAAAGAGGGUUCUCAAAACUUACACUUCCAGUUCCAUCUAAUUUAAGUGUUUAAUCAUAAAUUCUAUUUUUUGCAAUAGAAAAAGAUCAGAAUAGUGUUGAUUAUGUUGAAUUAUAAAUGGAUAUCGUAUAAUUGCAAGUAUAUGAGAAGAAGAAUAACGACAGCGAAGAAACUAAUAGAUUACUUUAAAUAAUUCUCCCAACUGUAAUAGGUACAAUAAUUCUACUAUUCCUUAUAUAUUAUUUUCUGAUAAGAAGAAGAAUGCUUGUUAAAUAAUUAAAUAAUGCUGUACCAAAUCCUUUGGAAAACUCAUAUAUAAUUCCAAAUAUUAGGAAUUCGGAAUUAAAUGUUCCUCCAUACCCAACAAUAUGUAGUAUAUGCUUGGAAGAACUUAACAUUAGAAAUAUGGCUAUAGUAAAGAUUUAAUGCGAGUAAAAAAAAUAUUGAAUUUAGUCAUACCUUCCAUCUAAAGUGCAUAUUAUAAUGGGCUAGAUAAUAAGAAAAUUACAAUUAAGAUAAUUUAAGCAAUUGUCCUAACUGUAUGUAAUCAUUUAAUCAAAGAAUAAUUUAAUGAUAGUAAUUACAAUAUUAAUUAAAUAUCAGUUAAAUACUUAAGAGUAAUUUUUAUUCUUAUUAAGCUAGCUUAAAUGAGAAUUUCAUAAAAUCUUUUUCUUUUUAGAAAAAGACUUUGUCUUCAUCCUUUACCUAUUCUAGCAUUUCUUGCCUAUCCAAUUCAUCACAUGUUCACUCUUAACAAAUAUCGCUCUUACUUAUAAAUCCCUGA